CACUGCUGCGGCCGUCGCCAUUUUAGCGUUUUGUCAGAAGCGUCUGCGCCGCGAGGAAGAGCCCCUGCUGGUUUCCGUGCGGGCUGUGUCGAGAUGGUGAAGCUGUUUAUUGGUAACCUGCCCCGGGAGGCCACAGAGCAGGAGAUUCGCUCACUCUUCGAGCAGUAUGGGAAGGUGCUGGAAUGUGACAUCAUUAAGAACUACGGCUUUGUGCACAUAGAAGACAAGACGGCGGCCGAGGAUGCCAUACGCAACCUGCACCACUACAAGCUGCAUGGGGUGAACAUCAAUGUGGAAGCCAGCAAGAAUAAGAGCAAAACCUCCACCAAGUUGCAUGUGGGCAACAUCAGUCCCACCUGUACCAACAAAGAGCUUCGGGCCAAGUUUGAGGAGUAUGGUCCAGUCAUCGAAUGUGACAUCGUGAAAGAUUAUGCCUUCGUGCACAUGGAGCGGGCAGAGGAUGCAGUGGAGGCCAUCAGGGGCCUUGACAACACAGAGUUUCAAGGCAAACGAAUGCACGUGCAGUUGUCCACCAGCCGGCUUAGGACUGCGCCCGGGAUGGGAGACCAGAGCGGCUGCUAUCGGUGCGGGAAAGAGGGGCACUGGUCCAAAGAGUGUCCGAUAGAUCGUUCUGGCCGAGUGGCAGACUUUACCGAGCAAUAUAAUGAGCAAUAUGGAGCAGUGCGUACACCUUACACCAUGAGCUAUGGGGAUUCAUUGUAUUACAACAACGCGUACGGAGCGCUCGAUGCCUACUACAAGCGCUGCCGUGCUGCCCGGUCCUAUGAGGCAGUGGCAGCUGCAGCUGCCUCUGCCUAUAAUUACGCAGAGCAGACCCUGUCCCAGCUGCCACAAGUCCAGAACACAGCCAUGGCCAGUCACCUCACCUCCACCUCUCUCGAUCCGUACGAUAGACACCUGUUGCCGACCUCAGGAGCUGCUGCUGCUACAGCUGCUGCUGCUGCAGCAGCCGCUGCUGCUGUUACUGCAGCUUCCACUUCAUAUUACGGGCGGGAUCGGAGCCCCCUGCGUCGCGCUACAGCCCCAGUCCCCACUGUUGGAGAGGGCUACGGUUACGGGCAUGAGAGUGAGUUGUCCCAAGCUUCGGCGGCCGCGCGGAAUUCCUUGUACGACAUGGCCCGGUAUGAGCGGGAGCAGUAUGCGGAUCGGGCGCGGUAUUCAGCUUUUUAAAGCUUGAGGUGGGAUGUGUGUGGGCUGAAAUUCCGAGCUGCGGUUGUGCAUGAGAAUACACCCUUCGUGGUACCCCAUCUCCGGGACGUUCUCGGCUCUGUACGUUCAGUCCCUCAGGAACCGUGGACCUUAAUUUACCUUGCUAAAUUCAGACCACCUCUUCCUUUCCUCUUUCCUGCCCAUUUUCCUGUUCUUCCUGUUCUUCAAUACUUCUGUAGUUUCCCAUUUAUGUUCUGUUCUCCCAGCAGGCCUCAUUGCGUGCAGAAACUGUGGUGGGGGGUGUGCUGUCUCCCUGCCUCCUGCUUCCGGUGGGUGUUGGACUUGGGAAUGACCUUGGUGAGAGUGUCACUGCUCCUGAGUCUUUUUGGCCCAAAGGCUUGUGGCGGGUAGACACAUAGAGUUGGAUCACUUUUUUUUUUCCAGUGAAAUAAAUGGUUUUUCAACUUA